ACAUAACAGCAAGUACAACAACUAAGCUAAAGUGCAGAGAGAUGGGGUUGUCCCUCUCAAUUCCUUUCCCCGUUUCAAAUUCAGAAUUUUGAUCAACUGGCUGCACGGAAUUCCCCCCAAUAUGGAUGCGUUUAUCCCUUUUGUUGAAGCAAUCAGCUUGGGAAGAAAUCAUCUGUCAAAGGCCGAGAUCACCACCACACUCUCGCUGCUCCUCUUCCUUCUCCUCCUCAAUCUGCCAUCCUCCGCCAUCGGCGUCAUUGACGGAAACACCACCGCAAACUACAUCAACUAUAGUUGCAAAGCCACAUUGUACCUGGAAGUCUGCUACACCUCCAUCUCCUGCUACUCCAGCUCGUGCGACAGAGCCCUUGUCGAUUCGCUCGGGUCGCCAUCGGCGUCUCCCUGGCUAGGGUCCGCCAGACUCCCUCCUUCAUUACCAAUGUCUCCAGCCUUGCUGACUACAGAUCUGACUGUCGUGUUGCCUCUGCUGUCCACUACUGUUUAUCCAACUUUGGCGACGCCAUGGAGGAGAUCUGCCUCUCCAUGAAGCACAUGCGGCAACUGGGUCAAGUUCUGGGUUUUGGAUUACUUGAAUUAAAUCGGGUUUCUUCGAUUUCAUUUGGGUUUUGCGAUUCAAAAAAUAACGGCAACUUAUGGUGGCAUAUUGAGGGACUGAGGAAUUUAGGGUUCCUCCCACCGGCCAGAUUUGGAGCUCCUUUUGUUGCUGAAGUGGAUUUGGUGUGGUGCCCUUGCCAGAGCAGAGAGAUGAAGAGAUGAAGAGAGCCAUUGUCGGAGAAAGGAUUGGGGCGGGUCGCGGGUUGGAUUUUUUAUGGGUCAUGGGUUGGGACAUGGAUUGGGUAUGGUUUAAUGACAUGGCGGAUUGUGAUGAUGGGUGGGUCAGGUAUAGUGUUUUUCGGGUUAAAUCCAGUUGAUUAGACACUUUCGUUUGUCACGUCAGCAAUUAACGGAUUUGGACGAUAACUAAUGGAGAGUGACCAAACAUGACAUGUUUUACUAAACUUAGUAACCAUUAUUGGAAUUAUAUAUUUAUAGUGACCAAACGUGAACGUUUUUUAGUAAUCUCAGUGACCAACCUUGCAAUUUACCCAAUUUGUAUGUGUCAUUCACACUGAUAAUGUGUGUUUUGCUUUAUAUUUUGCCAUAUACAAUCUACACAAUACUCAAACUACUCUUUAUAUGCUUUGAACGCAUUGAAACAUGAGAAAUACCAAAUGACUAACAAAGAAAAUGCAACUAAUAGUAACGUAUAUGAUUACAAACAAAGUGUUGCCUAUAUAAAAAAAAUCCAUAAAUGACAACAUGAGGGUUGCUUCCUAUGAUAUAUACAUAGUUAAUCUUCACUGUAAAAGAAAAUUAUUGUCCUUUGAUGGAAAAUAUGAUGGUUAACACCUUCGAAAAGUUUCAAUUAAUGAAUAUCUAAAAUAUUGGUACAAAGAAAAAUUUGUCACUGCUAACUCUCAUCACAUAAAUAAACGAACUCAAAUUUCACCUAAUAUAGCCUCUAAAUCCAUUCCUAGCUCCCCAUUUAUAUUUAUAUGUAAAACUCUAUCUCAUUUCACUAUUCAACUGCCACAUAUACUGAAGUUAUCCUUUAAGUUUAUUUGAAUGAACUCGUGUGACAACUAAGAACAACACAAUUACUACCAUGUUUACUUGGUAUCACAACUAACUAAAUGUGUUCAACCAAUUCCAUGUCCCAAAUUAGCAAGCACUUUAACCAAUCUAUCAAUUCCCAAUUUUUUAUAGAACGUUCAUUAGCGAUCUCUCACAAACAACAAUAAUUUAAAUUUCAACAAUUACCAUAAACGGAUUCAUCAAAUCUAGCCUCAAAUAAGGUUCACAAAUUUAAGGAAUAAAACACCAGACAUAUAAAACAUUGUACUUGAUCUAAAUGAAAUACUCACACCAAUAAUAGCUCAUCUAUUUAUCUUACUGGUACUUUCAAAGUUAAAUUUUUAUCAUGACGUUGCAUUAACGGGAGCACUACUAAUUCAAUGAUUCCAUCAAGCGAUGAGUUGAUUAAUCUGUCAAGCAUUACUGCAUUUCUUGCUUAUGGGAACAUAUUUUAGGGUAUAAUUUGAUAUGAUCCUAAUUCGAGAAUCCUCCCAAAUUCAGACCAAAACACCAGAGUUGCACAACGUUGAACUUUUUAUGGUUUUCUUCUUCUUCAAUAACACAAAAAAUAAAGGAUAUUCGCGGAAAUCGAUCAAACAUACCUGAACUCGUGAGAAGGGCCAAUUGGUAUAUGAAACCAAUCAAACAAUCUCAAACACCUGGAUAAGGCCAACCGAUAUAGUCGAUGUUCGUCACAACUAGAAGCGUUCUCUAGUUGAUAAGAGACCACUCAAUUGUCCUGAAUUCUCAAAGGAGAGAUUAAGCAAACAUUCACAAAGGAACUAGAGUAAACACUCAAUGUAUUU